UAUGCUACAUGGAUCGAUGAGAUUUAGAACCCGAGUUUAAACUACAGUUGUAUAAACAAUUCCAGAUAUGGGCUCCUCCGUCUUGAUGUACGUCAUUCCCAUGAUGCUUGGGAGUACGUACCACCUAGGGAAGGACCAGCCUGGCGUUCAGAUCUUCCCUGAGACUGCUAUCAAGAAUGCGAUGAGAAUCGAGAACCACUACACGGACUCCCAAUAUAGAAUGGUAGAGAACGCAGAAGAGAUCAGAAACUUCUUGGACAUCGACGGAAGGUUGUCCCUCAAGAUAAAGGCUGGCCUCGUCAAUGUUGGAGGAGAAGGAAAGUACCUCAAGGAUAGUUCCUCAAAAUCAAACGCGCUCGAAAUACUUAUAAAAGUACAUUUUGAAACGAUGACGGAAACAUUGCCGACGUGGUUGUCUCCAAGUCCUGGUUGGAACUCAAUGGAUUCAAAAGUACUUGGAACACAUUACUGUCGAAGCAUCACCUACGGAGGUGACUUAGUGGCAUCGGUGAGAAUCACUGCUUCUAGUAAGCAAGACCAACAGAAAAUUCGGGGGGCAUUUGAGGGAGGAGUGCACACCUCGGGCGGAGGAUUUGGAUUAGAUCUUAAAGGUAAACUGGAAAUGCUUCAAGCUUCUGGGCAGGAUGAUAGCUCUAUCGAGAUAGAAUACUAUGCAUCGGUUCCACUAAAUGGCGUGCCGCACACAGUAGAUGGACUUAUUGAGCUGGUGGAUGAUUUUCCCUCUCACGUUAAAGGAGUCAAUGGAGGUAUGGGAAACCCCAUCAAAAUGGAACUCUACCCCCUGAAUUCCCUCCUUUCAGGAUAUCCACCUUACUUACAGGACAGAGCUCUAACAGACGAAUUAGAUGACUUGGAAGCUCAUUUUGACGAUUUGACGGAAACUAGAAGGCAGUUCAAACUGUGGUUGGCAGCUCUACCUCCUGAUGCCCCUGAACAUAUCAAUGCUAAACUUUUAGCAUUCUCAACCAAACUAAAUGCGGUGUAUGCGGUUUAUCUGCGAACCAUCACCGAACUAGACAUAUCCAAAGGAGCCUCUACUGACCCGAUCAGAGUUGCUUUUGAAGCUUACAAGGACGGAGAGUAUCUCUUUCCCCACAAGUAUUCCCGGAAAUUGAAAGCACUGCAAAAGGAAAUUUAUCAAAAAGCGCCAGAAUUGUUGCCCAGGAUUGGAGGUGCUAAUUACAUUCACUGGGGUCGAAAACAGUGUCCAUCUAACACAGAGACGGUUCUAUCAGGAGUCACCAUUGGUUCUGAAGUAGGUCAAAAUGGUAGCUCCAGUGACUUUUUGUGCUCUGAAAAAAUUCUGGAAGAAAGGGAUGGUUUCGAACAGCUCGAAGACGUUUCACGGGAUCGCGCAUUGAUUAGCUCUCUCAAAUACCAGGGUAAGCUGCAAAAAUUUUUCUCAAUGGCAGAAAAGAGCAUCGCUUGUUCGCAUUGCAGGUCAAGCCGCAAAAGUAGAGCAAUGAUGUUUGCAGCCAGGACCGAUUGCCCAGAAGACUGGACAAAGGAGUAUGGAGGCUACCUUAUGGCUCCCAGUCUCGACAGCUCCAAAGGAGAGUACAUUUGCGUAGACGAGGAAAUGGAAGAAGCAGCGGAUGAAGUUACCACAGUGCCAAGGAUAGUCCCCAUUCAACUCACAGAAGUAAGCAGCCGAUGUGGAUCUCUACCCUGCGAUUCAUUCGAAAAUUCGAAACUGAUGUCUUGCGUCGUUUGUUCUAUUUGAAGAAGUCAUUGGUGCAACUCUUGUUAUAACGACACAAACCAUAGCAAACUAACUGUAAACUCUAACGACUAUUACAUAUCAAAAUGCUAAAUAUUAUCAGUAUGAUAUCUUUUUAAAAACAAAUUAUUCGACAUAUAUCAGUCAAGACUUCAGAAAAAAUAUGCAAUAUUUAAACAGUGUUGUUAUGGGUGCCGUGAUAGGAAAAAAUACAAGAUAAAUGUAUG